GCGCGCGCCCAGGUAGCUUUUUUCACCUGCAGGCAGCACAGCACAGCACGCGUUCAGUCCGGCGUUUCCAGCGUUUAAGCGUUUGGGCGAUUUACUGGAGCACGCGAGCUAUUAAAUACACGCUUCCACAGCAAGACUGGACCUAAAUACACUGGGAAUUUAGGAACCACAAGUAUUUGGACGAGAGAAUCCAGGUGAAGAAGGGAGAUUUAGAUCAUCAGAACGCUGUGGGACACUGAGGAUCUGAGGAUCUGAGAAUGGGAAUCAGACUGGAACGUGGACUAGACUAAACUACAGUACUGAAGGCUCAUCUGCAGAACUUGUCUGGAGAAAUCCUGGGUUUAAAUUGGGACCAAUAGUAUCUGGACUCUUGAACCUUCUUAAAGGAAAUGGAAGCACGCCUGGCCUGGGUUUGCCUCUUAAUGGCAGUAAUAAUCACAGCAGGUGUGUGCAGUGAGUCAGUAAAGCCGAUCGAGACCCUCAGAGCGUUCGCUGAUGAGCAGACGAGGCUCCCCUGUGUCUUUAAUGUUCAGGACAUGCAGAACGUGGUGCAGGUGACCUGGUCCAGAGAGCAGAGCGACGGAGUCAAAGAGCCUAUUAUCACUCAACACAUGACUGAAGGACUGCAAGAAUUUCCAGGUUUUAAUGGUCAGGUGCGCUUUGAGAGUCUGGACCCUUUUAAGGACUCGACGCUGGUGAUUCUGAACACGAAAGAGUCUGACCAGGCCACGUACACCUGCCACAUUUCUACAUUUCCUACAGGAAACUUCGAGAAAAAGAUCCGCCUCAGUGUCUGGAGGAUGCCAAUCGCCAUGCUGGAACCGAUCAUUCUGGAGGAGGGUCAGUCGUACCGCGUUGCUGCCAGCUGCCGUGCGGUCGGGCUCCCUCUGCCCCAACUCUCCUGGGACACUGACCUCCCCGGCCAAUCCCAGAACAAAAGCUCAGAUGAUGUGGUCACUUCCUUCUUCUACCUGCACCCUUUACGGAGUCUUAACGGACGACGGCUGGACUGCCUGGUGUGGCACCCUGCCCUCAAGCAGCCACAGCGGCACAGCAACACACUGGUCGUGCACUAUCCGCCGGAUCCUGUGGUUGUUGGUUAUGAUCAGAGCUGGUCGGUUAGCCGGAAGGGAGUGGAGCUCAGGUGUGAGAGCGGAGGGAAUCCCCAACCACAAAACUUCACCUGGACCAGGAAGGGCAGCGGUUUGCCUGAAGGCGUGACUGUGGAAGGGAACCGGCUGGUUUUUACCCGCCCCCUGAAUAAGACGGACGAGGGAGUGUACGAAUGCGUGGCCAGGAACAGAAUGGGGGCGGUGCGGGCGGAGGUUAACGUGGAGAUUCCAGUAGCCUCUGAAGCUGCUCGGCUGGAAGCGUCCUUCAACAACCUCCUCUUCAUCAUAGUGGGAGGAGCUGCUGGAGGACUGGUCCUCCUCAUGGUCCUCAUCGUCCUUCUGGUGAACCGCCACCAUCGACGCAAGAACAGGAAGCUGAAGAGGGAGCUCAGUGAGAGAAAUGAUGAAAUAAAUAAUCUCUCAAGACAAGCCUCUAUGAGGAGACUCAACUCGGUCAGCACUGAUCCCAGGAUACAGACUGAAGAAUGUGCCCUGAUCAGACUAGACAGCGCUCUCAAAAACAGCUUCUUGUCGUUAGAGGGUAACUCUACGGUGUGUGAUCAGAGGGACAGACCGCGAGAUGGAGAGUACGACAGCCUCGGCCGUCCAGCCAUCUAUCCAGCUUUUCGCUCAGAGCGAGGGAGCGGGAGGAGGAAAGAGACAGAUGUGGAAAGAGCGGAACGCCGGCGCAGAGUGGAAUCCUUCGUAACGAACAGCACUGUGGUUAUGGAUUCAGACUCCCUCCACGGGAACCAGAGCCCCUUACCGUCACUGUCCAUCACUGCAGGACCUCCAAGAGAAGCAGGGAUUGAGAAAGAAGGAUGGGGAAAGAGAGAGGGAGUGACUGAGGGAGAGGAGGACGACUGCACCGCCAACUCUUACCAGCUUUCAGAGGCGCUCUCCAACCACUUCCACUACAGCAACGGCUGCCUCAGGCCAAAGCCUCACCCCAACGCUAUCAUCCUGCACCCGAGAGGCCAAAUCAUCUGAUCUGUGCAAUAUAAUGUGACUACCUGCGGAGUGAAAGGCCAAGGAUGAGCAUGAGGACGUUCUUCUGUGCGUCAUCUUGCAUUUGGGUUCCUUUACAAUGCUGCUUCCAGCCUCUAGGAUCUUCUAUGAGUGAACUGUGCUCUGUGGUUUAGCAAAGCUAGGACUGAAUGCUAAAUGAUAAUGCUAAUACCUAGCCUAGUGUACUUUCUUCUACACUCCUUGAGAAGAGUACAAAGGUCAAUUCCACAAUGGUUCCAGUCUACCACCCAUCCAAACCUGUGAGAUUCUUGAUAUAUAACCUUUAAGACUUGCAGCUUCUAACUGUAACCAAAGGUCUUAGCCUGGAUUAGCAUUUUAUGUUGGAUGCUACAAAACUGAACAUGCUACAAAAAUUGUAUUGGAUUGUGUCCAGUUGUGUCCAAUCAAUCACUUUGGUCUACUCAACAUCAACAACAGUAGAUCACAGGCCUUUAAGCUUAAUGUUCAAUAAUUUGGAGUUGAAAGAAAUAAGGACAAUUUCUCUUGUAAGAUAAUAGUUAAAUAAUAAUAGCUUGAACAAGCUUGCACUGACUGACUUUAGAGACACUAGCAUCUAAAGCUAGCUACUGUUUCAAGCAUUUUUGAACUGGAUUGACCCAAACCAUGGCUUUAUCUUGGCCUAAACAGGAUUUUCGACCAAGUAUCCAAACCUGAAGAUUAAUAUCUGUGAUGCACAUUUGUUAUCUUUCAUAAUCCAUGAUAUAUAACCAAUUACCAAAAACUAAGAAGCUAGGCCUGCUAAAGUCUGCAGGCUACAACUGUAAGUCCCAACCUCAGCCAUCUGACUCAAAUAAAGACAGAACAGAGUUUCUAAAGCAAAUGUCGGCACCGCCGAGUUUGUUCAGGUGCCGAGUCAAAAAACACUUUAAACCCUGCAAUGUCAACACUGAUCACUGAUGAACGACCCUCUCGCUGCCAGAGGAAUGUCCAGCUGUUACAGUGCCACCAACAAACGACACAGAUCUGAAAGUUCAGGACACCUCUUUUGAGCUUCAAUCGCUUCAUCAUCAGUUCGGCUACCUCAGUGUAUCCUGAUUUCUGAUUUCCAGUACUGAUCAGCAGUUCAACACUGUAUUACCAAGUACCUUACUGCCUAAAUCAUAAAAGAAAUGUGUGUGAUUUAGUUUAACGUAUUGGUACACUGCUACUGAUUCUAGCAACCAAGUUGCUCUAGGUAUUUAGUGUCUUUAAAUAGUGGUGCCCAAUCCUGGUCCUGAAGACCUGACCCCCUCUAGAUACUCUGGUACUACCCUGCACAGAAAUGGUAUUUUUGGUCACUGAAACUGAGAUUUUUUUUUUUUUUUUUGAUAAAGAUGCUCAACAAAAAAUAUAUAUUUUUUAAGAGCUCUGCAUGCAUGCAUGUUUCUUGUUUCUAGCCAAAGAUCAAAUAAAUGCAUGCUCACUCCCUUUAUAGUGUGGAAUAAGAAGGUAAGUACAUAUCUUAUCUUAUUAAAGUCAUUAAUAUUAAAACUACAACAUCUAGAUGACAAUGUAAAUACUGUUCUGUUAAGAGAGUAUACAAUGCUCUGUUUAGAUUUAGAAUCUGAAAUUUUGUGACUUUUGUACACAAUUAAUGGAGUAGUGUAUAAUUUAAGAAUAAACCUCAACGUUUUUUUUUUCUUCUUUAAGACAUUUUGAUGAUGUCUUUCUUUGGCUACAUCCAAACUGAGAUUUCUCUUGCUUUAUUUUUGAGUUUGAAUCCCUAAGUAGUGUACUAUGAAAGUUUUAAAUAUUUUUGCAUUCUUCAUGUAAACAGAGCCUUAUAUAUUUGCAAUUAAAAAACAAGUAUUCAUAUGUAUAUUUAUUCACAUCUAAAUCAUGUGUCAAACACUGUAGUGUGGACACUAUUGUCUCACACAGGGCUGUAUUUCCAUCUGUGUGGAUGGAAACGUCAGUUUUUAAGAAUAGCCAGAUGCCAGAUAUCUGUGGACUAAUAUUUACCGUAGAUGCUUCUAAGUAGGGCUGCAAUUAUUGAUUAUUUUGUUAGUUGACGAAUCUGAUUUUUCAUUUUUUUUUAUUUUUGAUUAGUCAACAAUUAAUUUUGCCAUGUCCUCCAUCUCUUAAAAAAAAUAAAAUAAAAAUAAAAAUUAGAAACAGCUGAACAUGAGAUUUAAAAUGUAUGAUCUUGUUUAAACAUAUAAAUCGCUGAGAUGUAGUGGUCAAAUACUGUAUGUAAACUGCUGUGUUUGGGCACAUUUUUGGAGACACAGACUAAGUAGAGUGCAAUAUUUGUGAGUGAGCCAUUUACUCGUCUCCCAUUGCCCUUCUGUCCCCAGCACUUUUUGUAAUGUGAUACUGUUACAAAUUAACGAUUACUCGCCAAUGAAAUUUGUAGCAGAUAAAUUUAAAUAAUUGUCAUUGUCGAUUAUUUCGACUAAUUGUUGCAGCCCUACUUCUAAGGCCUUUCUUGGUUUGGUGGAUCAAGAUCUGAGCUUCAUACCUCAGGGUGGUAGAUCGUCAGGACCAGGAAUGGGCUCCAGUUCUCCAGUUCAAAAAUGGAGAAAUGUUCAUUAAAAAAAAACUGAACAUCUAAAAAAAAACAUUAUUAUUGAUUGUAAACGAUGUGUCUGAGACCAAAUACUUUAUACACUCAAAGAAGUUUCUUUUCAUAUUGUAAAUAAUGUAAUAAUGUUUGUUCUCUUUUUUUUUCUAGUUUGUAUGCUUUAUAUAUUUUGCUGCACAUCAUUUUGUAAAGACUGUAACAGAAGUUGUCGACUUAGUUUUUUUUUGUUUGUUUAUUGUAAAAAAUAAGACAUCUAAAAUGAGGCAAGAACUGAUACGACUUGUUGGGUGUUGGGUUUACUUCUAGGGAUUAAAAAGUUCACUUCAAAAAUUCA